AUGGGGACUGAGGCCGAGUACGAUGAGUUUGGGUUGCCGGUUGCGAAACUAAAGAUUUCAACCCCACCCCCAUCUGCUCAGCUGGCAGAGGAGGAGAGGGAGAAGGAGAAGGUUGGCGGGCCACGGGCCGAGGAGGUCAAGCCAACUGGAUCAGAGCAGGAGAAAUCUGCAGUCCCAACGGACGCGGACUCAACCAUGUCAUCGACCGCAAGCGCUCCGGCCUCACGGAAUAUAGCUACGGGUGUAACCCCUCCAUUGGUGCCAGAAGAAACUGCGAGUAAGACAGGGCUGGCAAACGAGGCGGCGGCAGCGAUGGUGGUCAAGGAUCAGGUUGCAAGACCUUCUGCUGAUAUCCCUCAGGCGGAUAGGGAGUGGAAUGAGAAGAAAAUGUUUUCGGAGGACCCCGCUGAUCCCUCGAGCACCGUUGGGACUGGGGGGCCGGUAUCGGAAUGGUCACACCAGCAAAUUGUGCGAAGGGAGGAGGAAAAGGGCAAAGACCGGGGGGGAGCGGAAGAGGAAGACGAUGGUUGGCAGGAGAUGCCUGCUUUCGCCUCACACGACCUCUACGACGAUGAGGGGCGGUUAAUAGCCAAAGAGGUUCAGGAUUCUGAGGAUGAGGGGGAGAAAAGUGCGUCGAAGGGGUACACCAGGGUCUACGAUGACGAAGAUGCUCGGUCCGCUACUUCUAUGGAUGAGAAUACGAGUUACUUGUUCAGGGAGACGGAGGAUGACGAAGCUUCAAGGAACCCGCUGAGCCAGAUGCAGGCUACAAAGGAAUUGCUUACGGAGGGGCAGAGGAUCGCCUAUGUUGGUGUGUGUAAGUUGGCCAUGGAGCAGAUGGUUACGGAUCAGGGAAAACUGGAAGGAAAAGGGCGGGCCGCAAAGAAAGAGCUACAACUUGCACGGGAAAACAUGAAGAUGUGGAGCCAAAAGAUGAUGGUCAGGCUGUACAUGCAUAUGGAUAUCUCGUCUGCUGGUCCGAUCACCUUUGUUGCUAUUUUUAUUUCUAGGUUCAGAAUAGUUCUUAGCCGCUGACUGGGUGUAGAACAAAUUAUGAUUGAACAGUUGGCAGAACACGGCGUUAUCCCUGCCGACCUCACGCCUACUCUUACGGAGAAUGCUCGAGUCGAGAAUCCCAUCGCUUCCUCCGCUUCGCUAAGAUCUUCCGUAGCGCCUCCUAGUCACCCCUCUCCCCUAUCCAACCCUCCGCCAUACAAAGCGGCCGACGAUAAUGAUGGCGACACUCACUCAGCCGUCAAGGAUCCGACUGAGAUAUCUAACUCUAAAACACUAGAUAUUGACAUUCGGUGGACGGUCCUUUGUGACCUUUUCCUUGUCCUUAUAGCCGAUUCAGUAUACGAUGCCCGUUCCCGUGUUUUGCUGGAAAGGGUUGGUGAGAUGUUGGGAGUCCCCUGGUUGGAUAUAUAUAAAUUUGAGAAGCGAGUGACAGAUGCCUUAGAAAUCCAGGAGUCGGCCCAACAGAAUUGGAACGAGGAAGAGCACAUGGAGAAUCGUAGGAAGGCAGCAAGGAAUAAGAGGUUCAUGAUGAUGGGCCUGGCAACUAUCGGCGGUGGCCUGGUCAUUGGAUUGAGCGGUGGGCUUCUAGCCCCCGUAAUCGGUGCCGGCUUGGCAGCCGGGUUCACGACGAUAGGUGUCGGUGGAACUGGAGCGUUCCUGGCAGGAGCUGGAGGAACAGCUCUUAUCGCAAGCAGUGCAGUGGCUAGUGGUAGCGCGAUUGGCGCAAAGGCGAGUUACAACCGAACCAAAAGCGUUGGUAUCUUUGAGUUCAGGCCACUCCAUAAUGCGAAGAGAGUGAACUUGAUUAUCACGGUCUCGGGGUGAGUCUCUGUGAACGAGAGCAACGUGGAGGCUCACGAGGACUAAUGGAAGGGAUAGCUGGAUGAACGGUAUCGAAGACGACGUGAGAUUGCCGUACUCAACCGUUGACCCUAUCAUGGGUGACAUUUUCUCGAUCCUCUGGGAACCGGAGAUGUUGCGAUCCAUGGGCCAAACAAUCAAUAUCCUUGCAACUGAGGUUUGUUCCUAGGCUUCACAAUCCAGAGAGCUGCGUCUGAUAUCCCGCAGGUCCUGACCCAGUCGCUGCAACAAGUUUUGGGGAGCACCAUCUUGGUCGCCCUCAUGGCCUCCUUGCAGUUGCCUGUCGUUCUCACCAAACUCUCCUAUUUACUUGACAACCCCUGGAGCGUGUCACUUGACAGGGCCAACGCUGCGGGCCUAAUUCUCGCCGAUUCAUUGAUUAAUCGGAAUCUUGGUGUGCGUCCCGUAACACUCGUAGGUUACUCUCUCGGCGCACGGAUGAUCUAUUCUUGUUUGAGGGAACUACAAAGGCACCACGCCUACGGUCUGGUUCAAAAUGUCUACCUGUUUGGAUCACCAGUGGUAGUGAAGCAGGAUGAGUACAGAAAGGCGCUAUCCGUAGUUUCAGGGAGGUUCGUCAAUGGGUUCGCCAGAAAUGAUUGGAUUUUGGGGUAUCUCUUCCGCGCUACGAGCGGCGGCAUUGGCCGUGUAGCUGGGUUGGCGCCCGUUGAUAAUAUCGCUGGGGUGGAGAACGUGGACCUCACGGAAUUGGUAAAUGGGCACAUGGCAUAUAGGCAGGCAAUUCCGAGACUCUUGAGACAUGUGGGGUGGAUUGUUGUGUCAGAUGAGUUCACUGAGAUACAAGAUCCGGUAAGUCCACCCACGGUCUCGACAGACGCGAUUUACUAAUUUGCGCGAAACUUUAGGAUCCCGAUAGGCACCGCGAAAGGCAACGAGAGCUGAUUGAGGAGCUCGAGGGUGCCCGGAAGGAGAUUGAGAAAAAUCAAAAAAAGCCUCGCUUCUCUUUCUUUGGUAGGGGCAAGGACGCCGCCAAAAAGAAGGACUGGGAGACAUACGAUGAAGUCAAGCCUGCUGGCAGUCCCGGAAUGGAAAAAGGCUGGGUCGACCCGAAUGACCCAAACGCCGGCACCAAGGACGACAAUGUGAUCUUCGAUGUCGACGCCAUCAGAGCGGAGCUAGCGAGAGUAGGCCGAGACGAAAUUCAGCCUAGGGAACUAAAUUCCACACUUCCGCCCCUCAGGGCCAACUCAUCGCUCUUGAAUUCACCAAUGCACGCCGACCUCCGUCACACCAAGAGCUUCGACCACCACCCCUCACCGUCAUACGGUAUGUCCUCGGUCUCCGAGAACAAUGCCAGCCUCCCGUCUCUCCAGAAUGGGUACCAUCAGCCCUCACCAUCAUCACUCGGUAAUAAAAAGAACCGCAUCUACAUCUCGGACUCGGAAGAUGAAUUCGGGAACCCACGUACUGGUGAGAUUCAGAUGACUUUUGACGCUUCACCACUGCCGUCAGCGCCACCCCGGGGUAGCUCCACUUUUUGUGGGCCUGAGGUCAGGACCAGUGUUACUAUGCCUACUACUGCCGGCGAAAGAAAUGUGUGGGCGGACGACGAUGACGAUUUCGGUGAGGAGGGGGAGAUGACUAUGACGUUUGCUUAGAGCUUAGAAGAUGGAAGAAGGGAAAGGGGGAUUUCUUGCUUUGUUUUUUCUUCCUUUCUUCAAUGUUGAUGCGGUUUAUAUUGUAGCGUGCAUACAUUUAUGGCGGUGCGGCUGUGCUUUUUUACAUACCGUGGCGGAGUUGGAGGAUAGAGUGGGCUGGGGAAUGUUGCUUGACGGGCCAGGGGAGUAUGGGAUGGAAGGAUGGGGUUCUCGUGGAAGUAUACCGGUAAUUGUAAAGGCGUUUAAUCAGAGAACUAUUAUCGUGCUUAUUUGUUGGGGAAGUGGGUGUAUGGAGGUAUACUUGGCGGCGGUCGGACGAGCGUUACGGGUGCGGUUUAGCGGCUUUCUCAUAAAUAAUCACUCGGCGGUGCUGAGCAGGAGGUGCAGAUCUACGCUCUGUGCUCGCUAUGCAGUAUAGUAUGGCGAGCUGAGUCCAAUAUACGGUUGAUCAGUCAGUCACAGAACUCACACCUCA